CCUCACCACUCACCAUGUUCCGCAUCGCGCACGCCGGCCCCUCGCGCCUUGCGCAAGCCGGCCCCUUGCGCCUUGUGCACGCUUCUCUCGCCCGCGCAGUAUCCUCGUCCGCGCCGCUCGCGUCCGGCCACUCGCGCUGGUCCAAGAUCCGGCACCGCAAGGGCGCCGCCGACGCGGCGAGGUCAAAAGCAUGGGGCGGAUUCAUGACUGCGGUCCACGUUGCGCUGCGUAAGGGAACGGACCCGGAGCAGAAUACCGACCUCGCUAAGGCGCUCGCGGCGGCGAAAGGUGCUGGAGUGCCCAAGGAUAAUGUGGAGAAGGCGUUUGCGAGGGCACGCAAGAUUGCGGACGGGACGGGCAAGCCCGUCACCUUUGAAGCGGUCGCUGCGGGAGGAAAAGUGGCUCUGAUGGUUGAAUGCGUCACGGAUAAUCCCUCCCGCACUGCCGGGCGCGUUAAGGAGCUGUUAAGCAAGGGUGGCGCACGCGUCUCCCCAGUCGGCUUCAUGUUUGAGCGCAAGGGAGUUGUGCGCGUGACUCCGAUCGAGGGGCAGGAAGGCGCGACCUUUGACAACCUCUUCGAGGCGGCGCUCGAGGGCGGAGCGGAAGAUGUGCGGGAGGUGGAGGGCGAGGACGGAACAAUGUGGGAAGUGCUUUCCGGCCCGACAGACCUGGCGACGCUCACGACACUGUUGACCUCGCCGCCGCACGACGCGCUGUACGCGCUGCAGACGUCUGAGCUGGCGUACCUCGCCAACGACCCCGUGCAGGUCACGGAGGACGGGGAGGGGAGCAGCGUUGCGGAGGACAGGGUGGAGACUGUGAUGAAGGGCGUUACGGCGCUCGAGGAGGAGGGCGAUGUUGUCCGCGUUUGGACCAACAUUGCAGAGUGAACAGUAGAUCUAGAUUGGACGUAGCCGAGCGGCCCGUCCCCCAUCCACACACACACACACACUCAUAUGCUCAACUUUGAUAACGAGUAGCGGUGCGGAAAAGGACCUUUGUGAUUGAAUCAUAGUGCUGA